AUGGCUGAGUAUUUAGCCGCUAUAUUCGGUACAGAAAAGGAUAAAGUAAACUGCUCCUUUUAUUUUAAAAUAGGAGCAUGUCGGCACGGAGAUCGUUGUUCCCGCAUACACAAUAAACCUACAUUUUCUCAGACGGUGUUAUUGCAAAAUCUUUAUGUAAAUCCUCAGAAUUCUGCUAAAUCUGCUGAUGGCAGCCACUUGGUUGUAGCAAAUGUCUCUGAUGAAGAGAUGCAGGAACACUAUGAUAACUUCUUUGAAGAUGUAUUUGUUGAAUGUGAAGAUAAGUAUGGAGUUAUUGAAGAAAUGAAUGUAUGUGACAAUUUGGGAGAUCACUUAGUGGGCAAUGUUUACAUCAAGUUCCGCCGCGAGGAGGAUGCUGAGAAAGCUGUUAGUGACCUGAACAAUCGUUGGUUUGGUGGUCGACCAGUUUAUGCUGAAUUGUCACCUGUGACGGAUUUUCGUGAAGCUUGUUGCCGCCAAUACGAGAUGGGAGAGUGUACGAGAAGUGGUUUCUGCAAUUUUAUGCACCUCAAGCCCAUCUCCAGGGAACUUCGGAGGUACCUGUACUCGCGCGGCAAGAGCGGGCGGCGGUCGCGCAGCCGGUCGCGCGAGCGCCGGCGCCGCUCGCGCUCGCGGGAGCGCCGCCGCGAGCCGCCGCGCAACUCGCGCUCCGGCCGCUACUAG